CGAAACAAAACAAAGAAAAAGCUGCUGCCAAAGUCUCAAGUUGUUAUCUCCAAAAUUCUGUCUGAAAACCUAACAGCGGGUGUUUACCAACGCAAAGCAAACCAAACUUUAUCAUGUAAACCGCCGCUUGUUUCGUCAUUCUCAGAGGAUUACCAGUGUUCUCCUCCAUGUCCGGCAGUUGAAUGGCUGCUGAGAGAAGAAAGUCUUUUUGGCGGGACGUUUACAAUACACAUCUGCCUAGUUGCAGUGUACAUAGCUUCUUUCAUCGUUUGCUACACGUGGGCGAGAGUCAAAGAACUGCGUGAAUUCCCUCAUACCAUAACUUUACUUUCUGUGGUAUUCUAUCUGGGAACAGGACUGACAUAUUCUAUGUCAUUUAUUGUGGGACGCCGUGAAGCCUACUGCUCACACAACGACGUCUUCAGCACGUGGGAGGAUCCAACCAGAUUUUGCAUAGCCCAAGGUGCACUUUUCCAAUUCUUCUUUAUAGCAUCUUUAGUUCUAUUUAGUACCUCUGUCUUGAACGUAUUGGUGGCUAUCUAUGACCUAAAGAAGCCUGGACAAAGUGGCAUUUUGAAACGUCAUUCGAGACUAGUAUUUUCUGUCGAGGUCUUUGUUAGUUUGGGCGUCGCUGGAGCAAUCGUGUCUGCUGUCCUCAACACUUCGUCUUAUCGCAACGACAGUCUUCAAGUCAUCUGUGUUCCGACAAAUUCAAAGGCUCGUUUCUACUCGUACACCUUGCCAUCUCAGGUUACAGCAAUAUUUGGGUUGAUCAUGGCAAUUCUCUUCAUUAAACGCAUGAAACAGUCUGCUCAAUUUCAAACCAAGAAUGGAGCAAUAAACAAGAAUGUCACAGCCGCAGGAGUGAUUAUUACUCGCCAUUUCUUGGUAUUAGUGUCAGGAUCUCCAUUCGUUUUGGUGUUGGCUUUCACUAUGUUUGAGAUUUACGACUACUUUUGGUAUCACAAUACUCUCAAUGACAUCGCAAAUUACAUCCUGUGUCAACAGACUAAUGACAGCAGUGACUGCAGCUUACUUUUCGAUGACGCGGGCGUGACAGUAUUGUAUUGCAUCGUUCCAGUGUGUUAUUCCAUUUUUGCAGUUCUACAAAUGGUAUAUGGCCUAUUCCCAGGACCAGCCAGAAAGCUGUGGGCUAACCACUUCCAAACGCUUUUACGUUGUAUGAGAAGAAACAAGAACAAAGGCAGGAAGGAGACGCAUGAAAAGAACCAUCGUCGUCAAGAACGGCCAAUUCAGAACAACCGCAAGAUCGACGUCCAUGAAGAAACUAAACUGGAACAAAAGCAGGACGGGAAAGCGAGCACUGUUAAUGCAGGAAACCGUACCUCUUGUCAAGUAGGCAAUGAAGAGACUAUUGAUUGUGCUACAGAAAGCAACGAAAGCAGCAGCAAUUCGUGUGCAGACACUACCAUCCGCCAGGAAUGUCACAAUGGUAUAGACGAACAAGAAAAUUGUGAAAACCUUUCGAAUGAGAGCAUUGAAAACAGCAGCCGUUGCUUCUCGUGUGCAGACACUGACAGCGAUCAGGAAGGUCAGAUUACUAAAGACGAUCAAGAAAAUAGUGAAAACUGUUGUAGGAAUGAAAGCAAUGAAAUCAGAUGUUUUACAACAAGCGGAGACACUAGCUGCCAGACGUGUCACAAGAUCGAAGAGGAUCAACAAAAGUCUGAAAACUCCGAGGAUUUACAGCAAGGCCAAGACAUCGCCCAUAAAGCUCAUGAUGAAGGAAACGAAAAGAAAAUUGAAGUAAGGCAAACACCGAGAAGAGUACUUUCCUUUCAGCAAUUGCACAAGAUAGCCGAUCCUAUCUCUGAAAGACUGAGGAAUGCAGUAGCGGCAACACGGCAACUGAAGAGGGCCACUUCUCUAAGGGAAACGUUUUGGAGCCCACAGUUUAUCGAACAGAAAAUGAGAAGAGCAAGUUGGACAAUGGACACAAUAAACAAUAAAAACGAGAACGUUUAAUUCCAUUCACCGUCUUUGAAACAAAAUGGGCAAGCGUUUGAAUAUAAAAAUUUCAUUUUUAGUUAAUGUAGAUAAUACAAUGUAAGGGCUUGGAGUCUGUAUAAAGUUUUAGUGGAAACUUGUCAAACAAGUUUGUGGAUUGGCACAAAUAGGGACGCGGGGGUUUACUCAAUAGAAAACUGUUUA